AUGAAGACCGCAGCAGGACUUGUCUUCGCCCUCGCUGGCAUUGCCAGCGCGGCGCCUCGACCUACUGAAUCCACCUGCCUCGACGAGUCCCUCUGCAUUGACGGCAUGAGCGAGUGCGGCGUGGCCUGGGGCGGGUGCUACAACCCGUGCUCCCAGCCAGCUCCUACUCCGGCGCCGUGCCCCGCCACGUCCUCUGACAAGUCGACGAUAACGGCUGCUCCGACGCCAACGGCUUCCCCUGAGGAUGACUGCCACACCCGGACCGUCUGUGUUGAUGCCAUCAACUCAUGCGGCAUCCGCUAUGGCGGCUGCAUCCCGGACUGCAAGCCCUGGGCACUCAGCGUUCCUCCCUGCCCGAGCUCAACGACAAAGAGUGUCUCUGUCGAUGGGUACAUGACUGCGUGGAAGCGCGAAGAUGGCAAAAUGACCGCCUGGAAGAGCGACGACGGCAAGAUGACCGCUUGGAAGAGCGACGAUGGCAAGAUGACCGCCUGGAAGCGAGACGAGCAAAACAUGACGCCAGCUUACAAGUCCGGCUUCAUGACUGCCUGGAGGCGCGAUGAGGGUAGAAUGACCGCCUGGAAGGACGAUGACGGCAAGAUGACUGCCUGGAAGUCCGACGAUGGCAAGAUGACCGCUUGGAAGUCCGACGAUGGCAAGAUGACCGCUUGGAAGUCCGAUGAUGGCAAGAUGACCGCUUGGAAGGACGAUGACGGCAAGAUGACUGCUUGGAAGCGUGACGAGGGCCGCAUGACAGCCUGGAAGUCCGACGAUGGCAAGAUGACGGCCUGGAAGCGCGACGAUGGUAAGAUGACUGCUUGGAAAGACGACGACGGCAAGAUGACUGCCUGGAAGGGUGACGACGGCAAGAUGACGGCAUACACGUACAAGUCUGGCUUCAUGACUGCGUGGGCUCCUCAGCCGACUCAGUAG